CAUAUUCCAAUUCAUUCCAACCGAAUUACCCACAUCUUCCAUCAAUUUUCCGCAGCGUCUUGUACAGUUACAUUCUUCACUCGGUCGUCCGCACGCAUCGUGCUGGCUCAAACUCACAGCACCUAAUCGAAAAGCUGUCGACUUUCGUGUAUUCCGCUCCAAUUAGAGGUGAUUUCUUUUGGGCCAUCUGUUUCUUCUUUCUCUCUCAAACCCUAAUAAAACUUGGCUACUUGAUUGUAAUUCAACUUUGCUCAAGACGUUGUUGGAAAAGUUUUCAAGCUAUGGUUUUGAGGUGAAUGAGCCAAUUGCUUCACGACUAGGUAAUGAAGGGUUUACGUGAGAGGGUUGCCUCAAAAUGUUCUUCUAAAAGUGCAAUUGAUACGCAAAAUAAAUCUCUAACAUCUGAUUGUUUAGACCAACCAGGUUCCAGUGGUGAUAGUAAGUUCUCAAAAGGGUUUUUAUGGUCAAGCUUUUUCACAGCUGCUUUCUCCGUCUUUGAAACUUAUCGUGAGUCACCUCCUACGACUUCUGAGAAGAAAGGAAGUCAUACUAGAAACAAUGGUUGGACUUCAGCUGUGAAGAAAAUUGUGGCAGGUGGCUCAAUGAGGAGAAUCCACGAGCGUGUAUUAGGGCCUAGCAGGACUGGGAUAUCCAACACAACUAGUGAGAUAUGGCUUCUAGGCGUUUGUUAUAAGAUUUCACAAGAUGGCUCCAAUGCCGAUGCAGCUACAAGUAACAAUGGAUUAGCUGAUUUUACACAUGAUUUUUCAUCACGAAUUUUAAUGACCUACCGAAAAGGUUUUGAUGCAAUUGGAGAUUCAAAGUUCACUAGUGAUGUAGGCUGGGGUUGCAUGCUACGAAGUAGUCAGAUGCUUGUCGCUCAGGCAUUGCUUUUUCAUCAACUGGGGAGAUCUUGGAGAAAACCUAUCCAAAAGCCACUGGAUCAAAAAUAUGUUGAGAUCUUGCACCUUUUUGGUGAUUCUGAAGCAUCGCCUUUCUCUAUCCAUAAUCUUAUUCAUGCUGGAAAGGCUUAUGGCCUUGCAGCUGGGUCAUGGGUGGGCCCAUAUGCCAUGUGCCGCUCAUGGGAACUACUUGCCCGCUGUAAGAGAGAGGAAAACAACCUUGAACAUGAGGCACUUCCAAUGGCUGUUUAUGUUGUUUCUGGUGAUGAAGAUGGAGAGCGUGGUGGAGCCCCAGUUGUCUGCAUUGAAGAUGCCUCAAGACACUGUUUAGAUUUUUCUAGAGGUCAAGCAAAUUGGACACCAAUUCUUCUGUUGGUUCCCUUGGUUCUUGGACUUGAAAAAGUAAAUCUAAGGUAUAUUCCAUCUCUACAGGCAACGUUAACCUUUCCUCAAAGUCUUGGAAUUAUGGGUGGGAAACCUGGUGCCUCAACAUACAUUGUUGGUGUACAAGAUGACAAUGCCUUUUAUCUUGAUCCUCAUGGAGUCCAACCGGUGGUCAAUAUUAGCAGAGAUGGCAUAGGGGCUGAUACUUCAUCUUACCACAGCGAUUUCAUAAGGCACAUUCCUCUGGAAUCCAUUGAUCCAUCAUUGGCAAUUGGAUUUUAUUGUCGAGACAAAGAUGAUUUUGAUGAAUUCUGUUUUCUGGCAUCAAAGCUGGCAGAUGACUCUCAUGGGGCACCUUUGUUUACUGUGGCUCAUUCCCAUAAAUUGCCGAAGUCGGUGGGCCGCACUGACACAUCAAAUGAUAAUAGUGGGGUUCAAGAAGACGAUUCCCUAGGUGUAAUGCCCAUGAAUGAUGCUGAGGCUCCUGUAAACGAGGAUGAUUGGCAACUCCUUUAAUUAAUUGUCUAAAAACUUGUACAUGGUUUGGCUUGUAAUGGGGUUGUAUACCCAAUUCCACAGCAGCUCUUAUUUAGUCAACUCGUGUUUUUGUUCAUUACCCCUUUUGUGGCUCAAGAUUUGUAGAGAGUACACUCAGUACACAGCAUUUAUGAUUCUUUUUAAAAUUUUUUCAAGGUGUUAACAUAUUCCAACUAAUAGUGUAUUAUAAGAUAAAUGCAGGAAUUUCCGUUUUGCUAGCA